AUGGCUUGGGAGCGUGCAAAGUUACUUGUUCAGCAAUUGAAGAGGGAAAUACCUCGACAGCAAAAUGAAGUGACCAUCAAAGCAUGCGUCGCUAACUCAACCAAAGCGUUAUCUCAUGUUUCCAUACAGCCCAUGAAACGAGAUUUUACACAAUUGCUCAAGGGAAAUUUUGGUGGAAAAGGCAUGGAACGACUAAACAAGAAACUCGGUCAUCAGAAAAAGGACAAAGAGCGAAUGAAGCAGAUAGGUAACGUACAAAUACCCAAGGAAGCGUUCAUUAAUGUGCUGAGAAAUUGA